AUGGAAUCUCCGGCGAUUAAGUCCUCCACCGUGAAGAUGGCGGAACUUCCGCCUCGACGUGGAAGAGUGAAGAGAGAGAUAUUCGGUGUUAUAGCUAACUCCGUCGUUUCCGCAGCCGCGAGAGCCGGCGGAGCGUUCGGGAGGAAAGCCGGAGGUGGUGGUGGAAGCUCAUCUUCCUCCACCGCCACUCCUCCGACGAGCGGUUACAACUCCGACCAGAUCAACCAGUCUUCUUAA